AAACCAGAAUCCAAUUACUUAAACUCCUUAAAAUUAAAAGAAAGAUCAUAAACCAGAUCAUAAACUCCAGUCAACCUUCCACUCCCCUCCAGAAUCCAACUCCCAAACAUACUCUUAGGGAAGAUCAGGUCACGAGGGAGGUCUUACUCCACAUAAUUUUUCCAUCUUCACCGAGCAGCUUAGCAGUUGAGGAAUAAAAAGAUGAAGAUGGUAAUGAAUGUGGUGAGUUAGUUUUGUAGGGAGCAGUCUCGAAGGGGAGAAUGAUCGAGAGCUUAUCGCGUAGGGUUUGGUUCUCGCCGUCCUGGUGCAGCACACUUCUAUCGACACAACAACGUGUCGGGUUGCUCUGGAUGGAUGACCGUGGCAGCGAGAAGAUGGAGGAUGCAGCGGGAGAGCGGCGCAAGGAUGAUCGAGUCCAUGAAGGCAAAUUGGUGGAUAACAAACCAGGUCUUAAGGCUUUGACAGACAUGGUUAGCGUGGUGAUUUUGACUGCUAAAUUCGAUGGCAUGGAUGUGGGUCAUAUGGCGGGUACGCUACUGAUAGAAGAUGUUGGUGCUUCAGAAUCCGAAGCCGGGGGAACAACGAGAGAAGGAAUCAAUCGAGCAACGAUCCGACCUCCUCCUGAACCACCGCCAGGGAUUGAACGAGGUGCUAGGGUUCAAGACAGUUAUUUUGCUUAUUUAGUUUUUCUCAUGCUUUGUCUUCCUCCGAUGAGUUUUUUCCUUUGGAUUCUUGUUACUGUCUAUGUUGCUAGGUUUGCCAGUUUGUUUGGGUUUUUAGCCUUUUUUGUGUCAUUGGGUAUGUUUGGAUCUAUGGGAAUAAGGGUGGCUGUGUCAAGCCCGAUACAUGGUUAGCGAUUCGUGUUGCUCUUUCAGUGGUGACCGUCUCCAAGUCUGACCAUAGGGUUUACAAUUAUAGUUGUUGGUGUUUAACUGGUGUCAGGUUUAUUUUUCCUUUGAUUGAUCUAAUGAUCCUGAAACUAGUUAUAUCAUAUGAAAAGAGGUUGUUUCGUUCAAAAACAAAAACUUUGAACACUUUGGAAUAACAUGGUACCCUCUACUGAA